AUGGGGGAAUAUCAUAUCGUUGUUUUCGGCGCAAAUGCUUGGAAAGAGCUGUACGUUGCCACCACCAACUCCCACCGGAAAAAUAUCGACAUGAACGGUCGCCACUUUGUACUAGACAUUCUAGAGGCAUCAGGCACGGAGCAGCUGAAUUCUGCCGACAAGUUCAGGGAACUCGACAUUAAAACGGCUCACGGAUUCCUUCUCGUCUUCAGCGUAACAUCACAGCCAUCCUUCGACGAGCUCACGACAUGUUGGAAACAAAUACAGCACAUUAAAAAAGAUGUUGCGGUUCCUCUAGUGCUUGUUGGGAACAAGUCAGACACCAAAGAUGACCGAUCUAUAGUCCACUUACAGGUCCUUGAGGCCUUUCCAGGGUUGCCAUACUACGAAACGAGCGCAAGACUGGAAGUAAAUGUAGACGAAGCCUUUCUAGGUCUUUGCAGGCAGAUACUUGAUAAAAACGUUCGAGUUCGACAAAGCGCUUCUGCCGACGAGUCCUGCCUGUCUUGCACAAUUCUUUAA